AAGAUUUAAAAGUCAUAUAUGAAAGCUUCAACUUCAUCUAUAGGGUUCUCAAUUUAAAAUAUUUGAUAAACAUCAAUAAUUCACACAUCGCUGCUCUCUGCAAAUCCAUACUACAAAUAUGGAGCUUUCUAGUUUGAUUUGAAUACCCAGAAAACACAAAUAAGCUUAAGAAAUGAAGCCCCCACAGUUUUCGAUGUUAAUCCCUCUUGUUUUGGCAGCUCUCUUCUCGUUUUCAUUGGCAGCUUUGCCUCAUGAGAAUUUUCUCCACUGCCUUUCCCUUCGUUCAAACGACUCUUCUAUUUCCAGAGUGAUCUUCACUCGAACAAAUUCUUCAUAUGAAUCUGUUUUGGAAGGUAGGUUAUGGAAUCUCAGGUUCAACACAACGGAUACCCCAAAACCUUUGGUCAUUGUAACACCAACACAAAUAUCCCACAUCCAAGCCACCAUUUAUUGUUCCAGAAAACAUGGGUUGCAAACAAGAACCAGAAGCGGCGGCCAUGAUUACGAAGGUCUUUCGUUUGUCUCCAGAGUCACCUUCGUCGUCAUCGACUUGGUUAACUUCCGAUCAGUGGAUGUCGAUGUAGAAAAUAAAGUUGCAUGGGUUCAAUCCGGUGCCACGCUCGGUGAACUUUACUAUAGGAUUGCAGAGAAGAGUAGAACUCUAUCCUUCCCAGCUGCCUUUGUCCAUACAAUCGGCGUCGGCGGCCAUAUCAGCGGUGGAGGUGUAGGGUUACUAAUCAGAAAAUACGGCACUGCCGGUGACAAUGUGGUGGAUGCUCAAUUCAUCGACGUUAAGGGAAGGAUUCUUGACAGAAAAACUAUGGGGGAAGAUUUGUUCUGGGCUAUUCGAGGCGGUGGUGGCGGAAGCUUUGGGAUCGUCCUGGCGUGGAAACUAAGUCUUGUUCCCGUUCCUGCAAACGUGACAGUAUUUUCCGUCACCCGGACCCUCGAGCAAAACGCAACCCAACUCCUUCAUCGAUGGCAGUACAUUGCUCCUAAUCUUCCCGACGAUGUGUACCCAGCCGUUAUAGUAAGAAGCAUCAAUUCAACUCAAGAUGGGAGGAAAACGGUUCUAGCCGCCUUUAAUUCAUUGUUUCUCGGCACCAUUGACGAGCUUCUUCCACUAAUGAAGCAAAGAUUUCCCGAGCUUGGACUGACAAGACAAAAUUGCACUGAAAUGAGUUUCGUCGAAGCCCUUAUCUUAAACAACGGAAUCCAGAACCAACCCUUGGAGAUUCUGCUUAAUACGACUGCUAGGGUCCCCAUUGCCAGCCCAGCCUACAAAGUCAAAGCCGAUUUCGUAAAGGAUCCCAUCCCUGAAACCGGAUUGAAUGGCUUGUUUUCUCGACUCACCGACGAUGCUGCCGCAAUGACCAUCCUAGUCUUUGUUCCAUACGGCGGAAUCAUGGAUCGGAUUCCUGAGAAUGCGACACCAUUUCCGCAUAGAGCAGGAAAUUUAUACCACAUCUUUUACGACGUGGGUUGGCAAGAAGAAGACAACAUACACUCCCAAAGAUACCUCGACUGGGCUCGAAGAACUUAUGAUUAUAUGACUCCUUUCGUUUCGAAAUCUCCACGAGCAGCUUAUAUUAACUUUCGAGAUCUCGACAUUGGCUCUAAUAAUAUAGGUCAUACCAGCUAUGCACAAGCAAGUAUUUGGGGUCGAAAAUAUUUCAAGAACAACUUUAAGAAAUUAGCGCGUGUGAAGACUAUGAUCGAUCCAGAAAAUUUCUUCAAGCAUGAACAAAGCAUACCUCCCCUGUACUAGACUCAUCUUGGAAACUAAGUGCACUAAGAGCUUAAGAUACAAAGAGGAUAGCUAAAUAAAGAUUUUGAUGGGAGUUUCUUUCUCUCAAUCUGUAUUUGAUUCUAUAAAUUUAGGGGGCAAAUUGAAUAAAGUUAUCA